CGGGGGGUGUAGCGGAGGGGGUUGGGGGGUGGGGGGGGUUUCAGGAGGAGCAAUGGCAGCUGUGACGGGGAUCUUCUCCCCUCUCUUGGCUGUGCUGUGGGUCACCAGCUCCGGCAGCCACCCGACCACCGACCCCUUUGCCAUCCUCCUGGGAGACACUGCCCGGUGCCAGGGACGGUGCCACCACACCUUUGCCCAACAAGGACAGCCCAGGGAGGCGACACUGAACGCUUGUCAGAGAGGAUGCCGGCUGUUCUCCAUCUGCCUGUUUGUGGACGGAGCCAGUGGCCUCAACAACACCCGAGCAGAGUGUGAGGCAGCGUGCCUGGAAGCUUACGCUCAGAGAGGGGAGCAGCGAGGUUGUAACACUGGCUGCAGGGAGCAGUUCCUGGAAGAAGAGAAGAGGCAGAAACAGCUACAGAUAGCUACCCCCAAGGAGCACGCGCCGUCCAUCUUUGAUUACAUCUCCAACCUGUGCAGUGACAUUGUCAGCUCAGCUCAGAGCUUCAUCUCCUCCACCUGGACCUUCUACCUGCAGGCAGAUGAUGGCAAAGUCGUGGUCUUCCAGGCUCAGCCCGACAUCGAGUACCCGGCUGAGGAACUACAGGCUCCGAGGUCCAACGUGGCUGAGAACAUUCCCAAAGAAGACCCCAGUGAAGCCGAAGAGAAUUGGCCGAAGCUGGUGUCAGCAACACUGUCCCCUCGUGCGGCUGCACCCGAGGCGAUAGAGAAAAGCUCGAAGGAAGAGCAGGAGUUGAAACGCAUGUUCGUACACCCAGAGGAACCACAUUCUGAGCACGACUUCCUGGGUUGCAUGUCAAGGCGCUCUGGCCUACCCCGGUGGAUCCUGGCCGCCUGCCUGGUCCUCUCCAUCCUGGUGAUGCUGUGGCUCAGUUGCGCUAGUUUAGUGACAGCCCAAGAUCAACAUGUCAAGUCACAGCUGAGCAUCAAUGGAGAUGAAGAUUACCUGGAUAGCGUGACUAAAGGCACUUCCUACACUCUGGCCCCAGUCCUCGCUGUGAGAGUCGGAGACAUGGACAGCGAGGAUGCGGGACCUCUGCCCAUGAAAGUCGACCUGAAUAAAACUCUCAUCUAGAACGUUGUGUCUCCCCAAAACAAGAGAGACAGUUUUUCCCUCUUUGCUCCAGCACGUUUGCAAAAUUUGAGAAUAAAAAUCAACCUAAUAAUCUUCCCCCGAAAUGAAAUAUUCCAGAGAGGGGAGGAGGGUGGUGGAGGGAGGAAGGUGUGAUGGUGUCUGCAUUUAUCGACCCCCCCCA